AUGGACGCUACGCUAUUAGAACCGACUGGCACAAUUAGAUCUCCGAGAGCAGGUCCAGCGUCAGCCGAGAAUGGACCUCAACAGUUGAUCCAUCAGUACCUUUUGGAGCGCAGUGAAACUUACCGUACACUUUGCAAUAUUCGGCAGCAGGGUUGGGAGAAUCCUCUAGGAGAUCAGUUCUUUCAGCAGCAACGCCAAAGAGCAGAUAAUCCAUCACCGGACAACGAGCUCAACUUUUAUACGAUGACAAUCGCUAUUGGCAAACAACUUAAUUCCAGCACGGGCGCAUUCGAUAUAUUGCAGUCGAGUGACGAGCCUUCGGCCUUGGAUAUGGGAAUGGCUCCAGGAGGGUUUUCAGCAACAAUAAUGGCAUCUUAUCCCAAGACUACACUUCGAGCAGUCACCCUUCCUCUCACCAAGGGAGGUCAUUCGGUGCAUUUCAGGCAUCAAAAUGUGAAGCUUGACCUCUGCGAUAUCAACACUCUAGCUGGAGAUAUGGAUUUGGCCUCUAUACCGGAAAGCCAUCCAGCAGCAGGCACAUUCACGGUCACAAAGUUGUUGAGACAAGAAAUGUUUGACGUGGUAAUCUGUGGUUGUCAGGUGACACGAAAUCAAGAGCUCGAGGAAUGGCGCGAGCAUCGAGAAGCCCGGCGUCUACAGCUUGCACAACUUGUGAUCGCUUUGGAGCAUCUUAAGAGCGGCGGAACAUUGGUCGCCGUUAUGCAUAAGCCUGAAGAGAUCCAUACCGCUGAGCUGCUGCAAAUAUUCUCGAAGUUCUCAAAGGUUUCUUUAUUUAAACCAAGAAGGGCGCAUGCAAAGCGUUCCUCCUUUUACAUGGUAGCGAAAAAGAUUGAUACUUGCAGCAAUCAAGCCAUUGAAGCAAAGGACCUCUGGAGAAAGGAAUGGAUCGACAGUACGUUUGGCACUGCUGAUAAUUGUGCAAUUUUGUCGAAGCGAACGGCUGAUGAUGCCCGCGAAUUAUUGGAUGGCUAUGGCAACUGCGUUCCGUCAUCUUCUGUUCAGUAA